GUCUCAUUUCAUCCCAAAUCAAAUUCGAGUUUUCAAUGAUGAUAAACUUUACGACUCUUUAUAUCAACUUCUCUGUUGAUAAAUAUGCUUUUGAAUGGGGAUUCUCAAAAAGACUCGAUUUUGAUCAAUUGUACUUGAUAUGGCUGGGCUUUAGAAACACUCAAGUGUCCAGUUUUUGCGAAAUAGUUUUCGUACAGAAACAGGUGUUGAGCUUCUUCGAUUCACCAUCAAUAUAACCCGCUUCGUUGACCUGUCUCCCACAUAUUGUUGUUCAUCUGUAGAAAGGUACAAACUUUAGCUCUGCUUUUUGGGAGCUUUUUUAAGUCAACUAUAGAUUCUUCUUCUCGUUUUUACUUAUUCAACAAUUGGUCUAUAUGGGAUUACGAAUCGGAUACUGUUAAUAAUGGGAAAGAAUCAGAUACCUAUGCUAUUUGUCGAAAUUUCAAAUCUUUGUGUUUGUUUGUUAAAUUCAAUUCUCAAGCUUUAUUCUGCAGUUUGUUGCUAUGGCUCUCAAUCUGAAAUCAUCGCUGUUAGAAUAUGAUUUCUCUAUUCAUAAACGGUUUCAAUGUCUAAUUACACAUAGAACCUGGGCAGGGUUCUAGUUUGGGAAUGAUGGUGAUUAUGUGGUUAUUUGAGGUUUCUUUGUCUCCGAAUCCUAUAACUAUUCUAAUCAGAAACAGGAAAUUAUUGGUCCGUGAUGGUGGCUGAUGGAUUGGGAAUAUAUGUUGUGGAGAGCAAAGGAGGAGCAAUCACAUGUAUGAUGCUUUCUCUGCUCUGCUUAGGCACUUGGCCUGCUCUUAUGGCUCUUCUUGAACGGCGUGGUCGUCUCCCACAACACACUUAUCUCGACUAUUCACUCACAAACUUCUUGGCUGCAAUCUUCAUAGCCGUUGUGUUUGGUGGGAUUGGUGGCAGUUCACUCGAGGCACCAAGUUUCAUCACCCAACUCACUCAUAUUCAAGAUAACUGGCCCUCGGUGUUGUUUGCAAUGGCCGGUGGGGUGGGAUUAAGUAUUGGGAACCUUGCUACUCAGUAUGCUUUAGCUUUUGUUGGUCUGUCUGUUACAGAAGUGACAACUGCCAGCAUCACCGUUAUUAUAGGUACGAGUGUCAAUUACGUUUUGGACAACAGAUUGAACCGAGCAGAUAUUCUUUUCUCUGGUGUCGGCUGCUUCUUGGUAGCUGUUUGUCUUGGUUCCGCUGUUCACUCUUCCAAUUCUGCUGAUAUAGAGGGAACACUCGGAAGAGUCUCAGGGGAUUGUAAAACUGUGAACCCUGAAGACUGUCAGAGACUAUUUGGAGUAGAAGAAGAAGAGGAGGAGAUGGAGAAUGUACACGAAUGGACUACAGCUUUUCUUAUAGCACUUGAACACACAAGAGCAAUCAAAGUGCUUGGAAAGAGCAUGGUUGUUGGUCUGGGAAUAACUUUCUUUGCAGGCCUUUGUUUGUCAUUGUUCUCACCCUUAUUCAACCUUGCAACGAAUGAUCAAUGGCACACUCUGAAACAAGGCGUUCCCAAGCUGAUUGUCUACACCGCGUUCUUCUACUUCUCACUAUCUUGUUUCGUUAUAGCCAUCGCUCUUAACGUUAGUUUCCUUUACAAACCCGUGCUGGACUCGCCAAGAUCUUCCUUCAGGGAUUACCUAAAUGACUGGAACGGAAGAGGUUGGGCUCUUUUGGCUGGAUUGAUUUGUGGGUUUGGUAACGGUCUUCAGUUCAUGGGUGGACAAGCUGCAGGUUAUGCAGCCGCAGAUGCUGUUCAGGCACUUCCGUUGGUGUCGACUUUUUGGGGGAUAUAUCUGUUUGGAGAGUAUAAAAGAUCAUCUCCGAGAACUUAUGGUUUGCUUAUUGGAAUGCUGGUCAUGUUCGCUGUGGCUGUGGGGCUUCUAAUGGCCUCGGCUGGGGAAAGAGACUUGGUUUACCUCAAGAGUUAAAUCGGUAUGACCAAUAACUUUAGUGUUGGCUCUUUGAAAGGUGGUACAUUGUAGUUACUUACUUAAUUGGAAAGGGAAUGCAUAUAAUCGCCUUUUGAUAA